AAUGUUUUUGGAUUUGGGUUCUCUAGGACGAAGAGAGAUUACUUGCACAUUUUUAUUCUGUUAAACCCACAAAUGUGGUCAGGAUGAUUGCCUUCUGGUCCGAAGGUGAUCAGUGUGCUUUUGUCUAUAUGAUCAAGCCACUGGACGCUCUAAAUAAUCUCAUACCAAAAGAAAGUUUUAGCUGGCUACAAAGAAUCAUGGUUACUUUCAGAUUUGCUUUCGUCCUUGAAAUUAUGCAUUCCAACAAAGCAGUGCCAUAUCUAAUUCGCAAUUUAGAUGCCGCUCAUAAAAUGGUUGAUAAGAAUUUGUGCAUUACUAGUCAUCAUGCUGAAGCUCUAAGCAUGAGUCCUGUUGGUGGGAUCUCUGAGACACAGAAGGAUAAACUUUCAGGACUCUUCUGCAAAUAUUUUCAACAUGAACAGAUUCUAAAUAAAGAACUGAGCGAACCAACUAUAAUUCUGGCAGGUAAAGAAUGUGAGAUGAUGCGGAUACUUUCUUCUGAGGACCUAAGUUUCUUUACCAAUGGAUUUAGUGAAGAAAACUUCAUUGGAGACAUCCAAUUUGGCAGAGCAUCUCACGGAGAGAUGGAAGGACGAAAAGUGAUUGUGAAGACAUGGGAUAAGGGUCACGAACAUCUCUUUAAUAUCUAUACAGGAGAACUUGAAGUAAGGUUGAAGGUAGGUUUCGAUUAAGAUAUUCUAGUGCCUAUAGGUCGCUUUUUGCCUUUGUCGUUCGUAGCUUAGUAGCCCAGUUCUUGUUUUAUGAUUAUUUUUUAGGUUCCUUCAUCACCAACUACAGUGCCAACAACCCAAAAUGGUAAAUGUCAACCUUCUGUGUUAUUUUCCCUGCAAAAAAGAAUAAACAGACUUUUUAUAAAAGUAGUGAACAGCAAACUAACAAUAAGUUUUGGUCUGCUAUGUGUUGUAUUUAUUUGUUCUUCAUUCGUCUGCAUGCUCUCCCAUGUUAUCUCACUUAAGGCAAUAAGCAAUUAAAAAUGUGGUGAAUAAGUAACAAUGGCUAUGAAUCCUGCUUUUAACCUGGGAGAAACAAAAUAAAUUAUCAUCUGCAAU